AUGAAACAAGAAAUUUCGCUAGCAAAACGAUUAAAAAUUCGCCUUCUCAAAACAUGGGUGAUAAUUCGGAUUUUGGAAAAUGCUUUGAUUGCGGAAACGAACGACGAAGUGAUGCAAGGUGGUGCAAAGGUUGUGAAUACAAUGCCUUUAAAUCGUCCAACUACAUCUGAAUUAUAUGAAAAGUUAGAAACUUGGAUAAGCGCUAUUGAUAGUCCUGAUCCAUCGGAAUUAUCCGAAGAGCUUUCAAAUUUGAAAAAAAGCAAAUUUGAUCAACAGAAUAUCCAUUCUGAAGCUUUUUAUACAAGCAAAUUUUUGUAUUUUCCUUAA